GCCUAUGUCAUCCCAAUGAAUAGUAUUACGUCACAGAUCAUUUCACGUCACAGCAUAGCAACCAUCUCAACCGUCCGGGCGACAGAGUUGUCAGAACGUAGCCAGUCUCUCAUCAUGGACAGUAGCUACCUGCCGCGGAGAAGGGUCCGACCAGACAAAGGAAAUCCCCCCAAGGUAGGAGGGUGUGAUUUCUGCUACCAGAAGAACGUCAAAAUUAGACCACUGGAGUGUCAUAGCCAUUUCUAUUGCCAAGUUUGUGAAGAAUUUUGUCCAAAAAUCAGAAAGGGUGAUUUCACCUGCCGGAAGUGUUCCCAUCGGACCCGUGUGUUGGAUGACGAAAACAGAAAAAGGGUGGACGAUUUCUAUGUGAAGCAGGAAGGACUGGCAAAACCUAAAGGUUUCCAGGAGGUGAUCAUCAGUAUCGACGGCGCCAACAUCAUCUCCUUUAAUGAUGAUGACGACGAAGAAGAUGGAGAUUUGUCAGGAAAUAAUACGGAAUGGGAUUUCCUGUUACAAUCGUUAACAAGCAAGGACCGAAAAGAAAACGAUAAAGGGGCAACGAAAGGCUCAGACAACCUCAAAACAAAUAAAACUGAAACUGAAAAAAGAACAGGAAGUAAGAAACAGAAGCCUGAAAACUCAAAACUCAGUUCAGAUGGAAGCGAUACAUCGUCGUCAUUGACAUCUUUUGAUCAAAUCGGCGUCACGGGGUUCAGAAUCAAACCGGAAAUAGAGAACCCGUCAUCGACCCUGGAAGUGUCCUCAUUUCCAGAGCAAGGAAGCAACUCUCCAAUAGUUACACCCACAACCGGACUUCUUCCGGUUCCAGAGGGACGGCACGGAUUUGACAGUGAUUCCCUUUCAGAGAGAGGGACAUCGCCCGUCAAGCCACCUCCGAAGAUGCUGGACGCUGCCAGCUGGCUGGGCCUUCGAAGACUAACCGCGAGGGACGAUAGCACCAACCCGAUUGAGCUGUAUACCGCCGAGGGGACUUCUUUCAGGGGGAGAAAAGCCAGUCCGGGAGGGAGCCAGGAUGGGUCAACGUUUGGGCAAGAUAUUAUCCAUGGCGAUGAUUUUUGGGACUUUUGAAAUUUUAAGCAAUUAUACCAAUGAAGAUAAAUAAAGCGAUCCUCCAGGAA